CCGGACCACUUCUAUACCUGGUCCCAAAGUCGCCUGCCACCUGCCACACAGCUGUCCUUGUCCGAGGCGGUCAAGCACAAUCUGUCUCAUCCCCAUCAGCCAGUGGCGUCAGGACUUGGCAACACCAUCAUGGACAAGAGUCUCGGAUGGCCGGAGUCAGGGGUUAUCCGACGCCCUGAAACCGAGGGUAAGAGACACUGGAGGACGGCCCCAACGUCUCUUGGUGACUCGGAACAAGAUGAAAUUAUGGGGCCUGGCGAGGAGCGGCUUUUCACUGAGACCGAGCUGAAGGUCCGUCUGGCGCGUCUCCGUGACGAGCACAUAGGCCAGCUACAGCAGCUGGCCAGGGAGCACGAGCUGCGGCUUUACCGGGUGAGCACGAGUCGGAUACGGGACUCGGGCCAAUUGCCAAUUGCCAAUAUUGGCAUGGCUUUGGCCGAAUAG